AAAAUGUGCCCCAGGAGAACGUGUCCACGGGAUGGAAAUCAUCCUAAAUUAGAGUUGGUAAAAGGAAUCCCUUCAAAAUAAGACAUUUUAAACAAAACUCAUGAUCCUUUCCUCGAUUCUUUUGUCUUCAGUGAGCCAGACAUCUUCGCGGUAUCAGCUAUUUCAAACGAGUUUCUUUUCUAAAAGAAAAAAAAAAUACUUGAAGAGAAACGUUUUACCAGUCAGACGUUUAGGAAGUGUUAAUUUUGGGUUUGCUGAUUGGAAGUAAAAUAGGAAGAAAUACGGUCUGAAUCUGAGUUUUACAAUUAUGUUAAGAAAUUCAGAAAAUGCUGAUGAAAUACUUUUAGUCGUUUUUUGCACGAACCCGGUGUCCUUUUUAUUUUCAAGAGAGGAGAGGAAGAGAGACUUAUUUUUCUUGUCGGGUUUGUUUUUUAUUUUGAAUUUCCUGACAGGAAGUUGGGCUGCUUCCGAGUAGUUUGACGCCAGUGGCGGUGCUGCUUGCUGCUCACCGACCAGAGGACGCAUGGAGACCUCCGGCAGAGGACACCGAAGUCUCCCUGUCUCCUCCGCGCGUGCCGUCCUGCCUGGGGCCAGGUGAGACCAGCUGAGCCCACAGCAUCAUGGGAGGUUCCUCCUCCUCGUCCUCGCUGGUUGAUGAUGCCGAGGGCGAUGCUGCACCUCGGGGAGCAGCUCUGCCUCCCUCCCCCAUCAUGGGAUGUCUGAGGAGCAGCCAGAGCAGCUUCAUCCCACGGCAGCGCCCCAGGACCGGUCGACACCGAGAGCGCAGUUUUUCUUCUGGCUCGGUGCCCUUGCAGCGUAACCAGUGGGCCUGCGGCUGCUGCACUUUCCUCAACUCAGCAGGUGCCCCCCGCUGCUCCAUCUGUGAAGCCCCUCGGCGAGGAUCCAACACCCGCUGGCUGUGGCCUGGGACCAGCAAGGAGGAUGCUGGUUGGUCCUGCCCUUGCUGCACACUUGCCAACCACCCCACAAGCCUGGCCUGCUCUCUGUGCGGCUACACUCGACCUCUGAACCCGCUACUCGACUCCCCUCGGCCCCAGCUGCGACCCCAGCGCUCCAGCAGCUGCUCCGGACCCCUGAGGUUACCGUCAGAGCAGAGCCAGAAUCAGCCAGGAGGUGCAGAUAAAACCAGCCCGGGAUGGGACUGUCGGAGGUGCACGCUGCAGAACACACCUGCCUCUACGUCCUGUUCUGCUUGCGGUGGACCACGGAAACUGUCUCUGCCUCAGAUCCCAGCUGAGGCGCUGGUCAUCCCUGAUGUCUGCAGAGAGACGACAGCUCAGCAGCCAGAAGCUGCAGCAACAGCAGCAGCGGCGGCACUUUCACUCUCCAUAUCAACCCGAGGAGAGUGUUUACCAGUGGAAGCUUCAUAUCCAAACACAAACUCUACAGAGCUCAGUGAGCCGCCUUCGGGCAAUAAUGAUCCAGUUCCCUGCAGCCGCAGAGAGAUUCCUCCAUCAGAUGUUCACCUCACACAGGGAAAUAGCGCAAAAACCUCACAGCUCGCUGUUUCCCAAGCAGAGCUGCUGGUCGGCAGGAGGCUCAGCAUCCUCGAGGAGGAAAUGUCACCUCUGUCUCCUGCAUCAGGCGGCACCGUGACGUUUCCAGCUGCAGCACUUAUCAGCUCAGAGUCAGAGGAGUGGUCAUGUCCAGCAUGCACGCUCAUCAACAGGGUCAAGGACAAACACUGCCUGGCCUGUAACUCUUCUCAACAACACGUCAUACAUCUGAAACAGACAUCACAGAGGAGGAAGGAGAGCAAGCUGGUGGAGGCACUGCGACAGAGUGAUGAAGAGGAGGCCAGAGAGCUGUGGGAGAACAUCAUCAGCUUCUGCAGAGAGAACAGAGUGACCUUUGUAGAUGACAGCUUCCCUCCUGGUCCCAAGUCUGUGGGCUUCCCAUUGGACGACAGCGUCCAGCAGCGGACCAAGAAGUGGCUUCGGCCAGAAGAAAUCAGCUGCUCCAACAUUCGAGAACGGGGGGUCAAGUGGUCAGUUUUCAGCGCUCCACGCCCGUCGGACAUCCUGCAGGGACUUCUGGGUAACUGCUGGUUCCUGAGCGCCCUGGCGGUUCUGGCAGAGCGCCCUGAGCUGGUGGAAAAGGUGAUGGUGACCCGUCUGAUGUGUUCUGAGGGAGCGUACCAGGUGCGCCUCUGUAAGGACGGCUCAUGGACCACGGUUCUGGUGGACAGCAUGCUGCCAUGUGACGAGAACGGGCACCUCCUCUUCUCUCAGGCUCAGAGGAGGCAGCUCUGGGUACCUCUGAUUGAAAAGGCUCUGGCAAAGCUCCACGGCUCUUACUUUUCACUGCAGGCUGGCCGGGCCAUCGAGGGCCUGUCUACGCUAACCGGGGCCCCGUGUGAGUCGAUGCCCCUCCAGGUUAGUGCCACCAACCCUAAGGAAGAACCCGUCGAUACCGACCUGAUCUGGGCCAAAAUGCUGAGCUCCAAAGAAGCUGGAUUCCUGAUGGGGGCGUCCUGUGGUGGAGGGAACAUGAAAGUGGACGAUGCGGAGUACGAGUCUUUGGGUUUACGACCACGACAUGCGUACUCUGUCCUGGAUGUUCGGGAUGUCGACAGAAACAGGUUGGUGCAGCUGAGGAAUCCGUGGGGUCGGUUCUCCUGGACUGGAGCCUGGGGGGAUGACUGGCCCAGCUGGCCUCCACACCUGAAGAGAGAGCUGUGCGCCCAGCGAGCUGAGGAUGGCCUGUUCUGGAUGGACUUCUGGGAUUUUAUCAGGUACUUUGACUCGGUGGACAUCUGUAAGAUUCACUCUGACUGGCAGGAGGUUCGUGUUGCGGGUGCUUUCCCCCGAGGCGCUGAUGUUCCCUUGACGGUGGUGUCAGUGACGGUUCUGGAGAGGACAUCUGUGGAGCUGGCUCUGUUCCAGCAGGGCAGCAGGCGCUGGGACACAGCAGAGAGCCACUUGCUGGACCUGUGUGUGCUGUUGUUUCGUGUCGCCUACGACAGUUCUGGUACUCUGACGCUGGGUCGACUGCUGGCCCACAGCCGGCGCUCUGUCAGGAGGUUCGUGGGCUGUGAUGUCAUGCUGGAGCCGGGCGAGUACGCAGUUCUGAGCUGUGCCUUCAACCACUGGAAGAGCUCUGUCACCGAGAACGGAGUGAUUUGUGGCAGAACCACCAUGCCUGGUUACAUUCUGGCGGUCUACAGCUCCAGACAAGUGAUGGUGGAGCAGGUGACGGCCUCCAACACUACCGUGGCUGAUGCCGUCAUCCAGCUGGCCGAGGUCAAAGGAGAGCGCCACGAGGGCCGAGAGGGGAUGACCUGCUACUACCUGACGCAUGGCUGGGCGGGGCUUGUCGUCAUGGUGGAAAACCGACACCCGAGACACCACCUACACGUGUCCUGUGACUGCAGUGACAGCUUCAAUGUGGUGUCGACGCGCAGCAGCCUGAAAACCGUGGACAGCAUCCCUCCUCUGCACAGGUUCCCCGAGUGCAGCGCACACUUAACCCCAUCCUGUCUGACAGGCAGCGAGCUGGGAAGACCCGGCAUUUCAUUUUCUAACAUUAAAAAGUUCACCGAAGCUUCCUCCUUGUUCCAUUCCUGGUUUAGUUGUAACAGGAGUCUUUGUUUCCCAGGCAGGUGCUGGUGGUUUUGUCUCAGCUGGAGGGAAAUGCUGGCUUCUCCAUCACACACAGACUGGCUCACAGGAAGGCUGCUCAGGCAUCUCUGGGGAACUGGAGUCCCUCAAAGGCGUUGCACAGUCCAGCUCUGAGCCCAGAGACUGCUGGGCUGCACCAGCCGCGGCCACUGUGACCCCAGAACAGGAAGCGCCAGAACCAGUUAAAGGAACUGGAAACUUCUGACUGUGGAUAGGAUAGACAACAGGGUUAUUUUCUUCUCCAGACACGGGACUGUUUCUAGAAACACAUCUCUUAAAGCCUGAGCUGCUCAGCAGACAGAACAAAAAGACUUACUGGGAUGAACUUUAACCUGAUUGUUGUUUUACAAACUAGAAGAAUAUUCCCAACACCCAGAAUGGAACCCACUCAAAACCUCUAGUCAGUCCAGUUCUCUCUGAGCACAACAAACAAACACACUGGAUCAUUAGGAGCAGCUCUGCCUCUGAGAAAUGACUCGUGCAGAUGAGAUCUUUUAGGAACCACAUGAUGCACUUUAAGUCUCCCAUCAGAUCCAAACCGUCCCAACUGUACCGAUGAGAGAAGAGCAGAAGCUCAAGUGUUUCUGACAGACGUUGGUGUUUACUCUCCGAUGGGAUUUGGUCUUAUUACAGGAAGUCGUUUAGAUCAAGUGUUUAGGAAGGCGGUGGAGAGCCGCUGUGUGGAAGCAUUAGCACUUUAUGAAAUAAUGCUGCAUUUUUCUUUAACUUGGGUGUUUUAAUCGUGCAGGAAAAACAAAGUUUUAUUGUCUCACGUUCAUCAGAAUUAUAGAAUAAAAACUAUGCAAAUAU